GCAUGGGUGUGCCAUGGGUUCCCCCAGUUUUACCCAUUGUGGCCAACUUGUACAUGGAAGAAGUGGAAAACAGGGCCAACACAUCUAAUUCAGUGCUCAGUACAGUCAUCCAUGGAAACUUUGUAGAACUUGGAGUGGAGGCCACUCUGACAGCAGACAGAUUAACCAUACCAGCAGGGGGCAGUGUGACACUGACCUGUGAUGUGAAGUAUUCUGCUGGCUUAAAAUACUUUGAAUAUGAGUGGUUACGAGAACCCUCUGAAAACUCUGAGAAGACCACAGUAGCUGGUGAAUCAAACAGAGUACUUGUGACCUCUGAAGCCGGCAUCUACACCUGCAGAGGACGUAUAAAAGGCACAAAUUUACUCAUUAAAGAAAGUGACUCAGUCAUCAUUAGUGAAACUGGACACGGAGUAAAUAUCACUGUAACAGCAGACAGAACAACCAUACCAGCAGGGGGCAGUGUGACACUGACCUGUGAUGUGAAACACUCUGCUGACUUAAAAUAUGAGUGGGUCAGAGAAACCUCAUCUGCAGUGAAGUCCACAGAAGCUGUUGGAUCAGAUAAAGUGAUCAAGAUCUCUAAAGGAGGAAAAUACCAAUGCAGAGGAUGGAGAACUGACACAAACUCACUCAUAGCACAAAGUGAUCCAGUCAUCAUUCAGGAAACUGUUUCCAACAGGGUCAAUGUGACGCUGCAGCACAGCUGGUCUCAGAUAUUCACUGGUGAGACAAUCACUCUCAGAUGUGAGAUUCAGGGAGGUGAAGGAAAGGUGUGGAAAUAUGAAUGGACAGCACCCAACACAAACAGCCCUCCAACAUCCAGUGAAUACAGGAUCAGCAGAGUUUCAGUGUCCCACAGUGGAGACUACAGAUGUCGGGGUAGCAGUGACUAUCUCUUAACAGGAUGGAGUGAUGCCUUCAGACUGACAGUUUCAUCAGCAAGUAAACCCAGAGCCACACUGACAGCACAAAGUUCAGUCAUACCAGCAGGGGGCAGUGUGACACUGAGCUGCUCUGUGGAGGGCUCUGCUGGCUGGAAGUUUGACUGGUUCAGACGUGAUUCAGUCUCUUCUAAAGCUCAGCUCAUGAGAGGAAAUGAAGCAAACAGAGUUAUUAGUGUCUCACAAGGAGGUCUGUACCACUGCAGAGGAGGGAGAGGAGAUCCAGUUUUCUACACAGAGGACAGCAGUGACGUCACAGUUCAGAAAACUGGUCCUGCUAACGAGCAGACGCUUAAUAAGGAUGAGGAUCAGCAGCAAGUGUACUCCUCUCUUUUUGAUGGUGAUCGUUGUGUCUAUGAGACAGUCAGAAGAUGUGAAAACACUGAAAAUGGUCCAGCAGAAGGUGAUUACACCAAUGUCACAUCUGUGAUUCAGCUCAAAGUCAUUAACAAGACAAGGCAACGUGGUGACCCAGAGGAGAGCUCUGACUACAGUGAUGUCAAUCCAAAUUCAGCCACAGCUCUAAAAUCUUAACAGCAGCUCUUUAGCUGUUUUUCUCUUUAAGGUUUCUUAAAUACUUUAAGUCACUUUGAGUGAAAAGGAGAAGAUUUUGAAUUCAAAGUAAUGAUCCUGAUAGCCUGAGUUUAUAUUGUCUUCAGAAAGAAUCACUCAGUGUGUUUUGCUUUUUUCUCUCCCAUUAGAUAAUAACUGUAAUGGACUUUAAUGUACUGUAGAUCUGUUUUUAUGUUUUUCCCCCGGCUCCACAAUUAUAAUAUAUUAUAAAGUCUUUCUGUGAAGCACUUUGUAACUUUCUUAAUAAAAGUGUGAUAUAAAUAAAGUGUGUUGUUGUUGUGUGUCAGACUGAGAGUACAUGUUACAGCUGUUCAGUGUUGUACAUGAAUCCAUUGAAAGAGAGCAUUCAUUUAAAGACGCUCAUUGUCAUUUAAAACAGCUACAACCCUCCAAAAUGAACUAAAGCUGUCAACAUAAUGGGAAGUAACAACU